AGUUUCAAAUUUCGCGAACUUAAGUACCCUCUUAAUACACAUUUUCCGCCACUUUCUCAACUAGGCUACUACACCAGUUUACAUUAAAAAUCACUUAAGUACUAUUUCAAUAAAAUUCGCUGCUCUUUUUUUUUGGAAGGGAGGGUGAUAAGAGGAGAGUUAUCGUGUUUCUGGGUAGUUUUACCUUACUGGCCUGAACGUCGCUGGCCUGAACGUCACUGGCCUGAACGUCACUGGCCUGAACGUCGCUGGCCUGAACGUCGCUGGCCUGAACGUCGCUGGCCUGAACGUCGCUGGCCUGAACGUCACCCAUCCGUUUCAUUCUGUGAAUAAAGAUGAAUAGAUUUCCUGUCUCGCAUUCUUCUUUAAUGGGAGUACUGACGGUAUUACAAUACAGUAAAGUACUAUUAUAAUGCGGUCAGGUUUCAUUGUUCGUCAACAAUAUAACGGAGAGAAAUUGUCCUGUAGAAAUCCAUUAGUCACAUACCGUCUCGUUUUGCGUUUUGCGUUGUACAAGAUAUCUAACCAACAUUCAAGCGAUUUCUCUGUAUUUCAUAUGGAAAUUUUCAAUCGAAUGUAAGGCGAACGGACGGAUAGCUUUCGAUUUCACCCCUGCUUCCUAUUUCUAAAUGGAUUCAUAAAAAGAGAAAAAUUAUGCAUGUUACGGCAGUCUUUAUUCGAAGCAUCGCCCGUCAACAUGUACCGUGUUCUUGUUUGUUUAUACAACAUAUUAGAAUAUUUAUAGAUUAAUUUAACUCAAUUUCAAGAAUGAGGCAAUAUUUUGGUUUGGUGAUUGUUGUCUUUUACAUGUACGGCUUGCUUAUUUGGUCUGCGGCUAAAGUAAAAGCACAAAUUGCUUUUGAUGUUGUUUGUCCAAAUGUCAAUAUAGUGCAGGACUUUGAUAUGCAAAAGUAUUCCGGUGUAUGGUUUGAAAUUGAAUCUUAUCCCGACAUGAUUAAUGAGUUCGACAUCUGUGUUUCAUUGAGUUACUCAGUGCAAACAGACGGUGUUCUUCAGGUCGUGAGUUCUUGGUUCAAUACAAGUUCAAAAGCACAUGAGAGUAUCCAAGGAAGCGCUCGUUUUGUUAAUCCUGGCUUGGGAGCCAAACUUCUGGUUACAUAUCCCACUUCAUUUGUUACCGAGUCAAUGUCAACCGACGGUAAUUUUUGGAUCAUCGAAACGGAUUACAAGAAUUACGCUAUCGUUUUCUUGUGUCUUCCGAUUGGACCAAAUAUAAGCUUUCAAUUUCUUUCGUACUUGAGUCGAGAGCGGUUUCCUUUUACGAUGGGUCUCAAUUUCGUGCAUCAACGCAUAGAAACGCUGGGAUUAGACAGAACACUUCUCAAACCCAUCGAUCAGACUAACUGUCCUUCUAAAGCAGAAAAAUAAACUUGUUUGUCUUG